UCACACUGACCGCAUGCAUUGUUUUGUAUUCCUCUGCGUGUUUUGAUCAGAGAAUAGAAUAGAGAACACUUUAAAUUUGUACAAGAAAGUAAUGUCCGUGGAGCAAACAGUCGUUGCCAAAGAGACCCCUGAAUACUGCCACUUCUUUAAAACUUUGUUGGUAGAAGAGCUCCAGCUAGAAACAGACUAUCAGAAAUUGCACUACGGCCAGUGCGCUGUAAUUGGUCGACUGGCGCUAAAGACGGAUCACUUUCGGUUAGAAAACGUGCGUGUGAAAAGUCUUCCAAAAAACUACCAAUUGCCUGAGGGUGCUAUAUCCUUGCUUCUUUUGGGCCUCACCAUCGACAAGGCCUGCGAUCAGCGAGUUGCCGCCGGUUGCUAUUGCAUUGUACGUGGCGAAGUUGUCCUGUGCAAUGUCCUGCGUCCCAACGAUCCGAAGCUGACUGCAAGAGGAGUCCAACAGCAGGUUGCCAAUCUGUCCCAUGAUCCAAAAGCACAAGAACGGUACCUCAGCCAAAUACAGCUUAGUCACAAACCGGCCAUUGACUUGUGGUUCAUCCAGUCCAUCGACAGAGCCGAGGAUCUGCUGACUCGAAGGCUGAAAAUCAGGGAACUAACCGUGAGAUGA